CGCUCGUCAUAUCCGCUGUGUGUCACUGCGGCGAUACUGAUCUGUAGAUGUAAAUGGAGGAGAGGGAAGAUAACAGCGGGACAGAGAGCUCAGUCCGGCCGCCAGCGACUCCUCACGCCCCGCGCUUCCUCCUCCAGCCGGUCCUUCACUAGCUCUCUCAGCGGCAGCAGCAGCGGCUCAGCGGCCUCGACACUCUCCCAGUCAGCAGCCAUUUUCGCGCGGAUGGCCGGUCAGGUUUGGAGGGCCGCUGGCCGGAGCCGCGGGCCUCAGCUGCGGACGCUGCUGGUGCUGUCGGCGCUCGGGGGACUGGUGUGUAUGGUCGCCGCUGCGGAGGCGAAGGACUGCGACAGGACCUGCGUGAACGGCCGCUGCAACCCGGCCAACGGGAACUGCCUGUGUGAUCCGGGCUGGGUAGGGGAUCAGUGCCAGCACUGCGGCGGCCGCUUCAGGCUAACUGGACCUUCUGGAUAUCUGUCAGAUGGACCCGGAAACUACAAAUACAAGACCAAGUGCACCUGGCUUAUAGAGGGACAGACUAACUCUAUUCUGAGGCUGCGCUUCGAGCAUUUCGCCACAGAGUGCAGCUGGGACCACCUGUAUGUGUACGAUGGAGACUCCAUCUACUCUCCUCUACUGGCUGCUUUCAGUGGGCUGAUAGUUCCAGAGCACUACAGCAAUGAAACGGUUCCAGAGGUGGUGUCUGAAUCGGGUUAUGCACUCCUGCACUUUUUCAGUGAUGCAGCUUACAACCUUACUGGCUUCAACAUCUCAUACAGGAUAAAUAUGUGUCCCAAUAACUGCUCAGGUCGUGGUGUGUGUCGGCUGGCUAACUCCAGUGAGACGGUGAGGUGUGAGUGUGAAGAGGGCUGGAAGGGAGAGGCGUGUGACGUUCCUUACUGUGCCUCGAAUUGCGGUUACCCUGCGCAGGGUCAUUGCCAAACCAGCACCAAACGCUGCCGCUGCAAACCCGGCUGGCAAGGUCCUGAUUGUUCAGUGUCAGUGCCAGCUAAUGUGUCUUUUUGGACACACGAGGAGUUCAGUGGGUAUGGUCUGGCACGAGCAUCUCAUAAAGCUGUGGUGCUGGGGGACGUCAUGUGGGUGAUCGGUGGACACGUGUUCAACUACUCCAAUUACCAGAUGGUGACAGCGUUUAACCUCACCUCUCAGACCUGGAUAUCUCUGAACCGUUCCGUCAACUACGUCCCUGCACGCUAUGGUCACUCACUGGCUGUGCAUGAGGAUAAGAUUUACAUGUAUGGAGGAAAGAUUGACUCCACAGGAAACGUGACCUCGGAGCUGUGGGUGUUCCACACGCGGAAUCAGUCGUGGGAGCUGCUGAGCCCUCAGGCUAAAGAGCAGUACGCUGUGGUGGGUCACUCUGCUCACACAUUUCAGCUCCAGCCUGACGGAUCAGAGCCGGUCAUGCUGGUCAUCUUCGGACACUGCCCUCUGUAUGGAUACAUCAGCCAAGUGCAGCAGUACAACAUCGUAAAGAACACAUGGAGCGUUCAGGAGACGAAGGGUGCGCUGGUUCAUGGGGGUUAUGGUCACAGCAGUGUGUAUGACCCUCUCACCCGCUUUGUCUACAUUCACGGAGGCUACAAAGCUUUCAACUCCACAAAGUACGGCCUGGCCACGGACCUGUACCGCUACGACGUGGACAGGAGCAUGUGGUCGAUCCUGAAAGACAGCGGCUCAUUCCGCUACCUCCACACAGCUGUGCUGGUGGGUGGAAGCUUGCUGGUCUUUGGAGGAAACACCCACAAUGACACGUCCAUGAGUCUCGGCGCCAAGUGCUUCUCUUCGGACUUCAUGGCGUAUAGUCUGGCAUGUGAUGAGUGGACCGUGCUGCCCAGACCUAAUCUUCACCACGAUCUAAACCGCUUUGGCCAUUCUGCUGUCUACAGCAAUGGGGUGAUGUAUGUGUAUGGGGGCUUUAACAGUCUGAUGCUGAGUGAUAUGUUGAAGUUCACACCUGCCAGUUGCGCUGCCUUCUCUGAGGAGUCGGCGUGUGUGACGGCUGUGCCGGGUGUACGCUGUAUAUGGAAUUUCACCACCAGUACCUGUCUCUCCUGGUUGGACACCAAAUCCCUGGAGCCUGAGACCCUGCUCAGCAUGUGCACUCCCAGAGUCUAUGCAGACAGUGAUAAAUGUCAGUACCAGUACACAGACUGCUACAGCUGCACAGCGAACACUAACGGCUGCCAGUGGUGCUCCGAGCGCUGCGUGUCCAUCCUCCACAACUGCACGGCUUCCUCGGGCUCAGUAACUGAGUUUGAGGCGUGUCCUAAGGAUGUCCACUCGUACGUAUGCAGUAAGAAGACCAGCUGUAAGAGCUGUGCUACUGACCAGAACUGCCAGUGGGAGUCCAGAAACCAGGAGUGCAUUGCUUUACCUGAGAAUAUCUGUGGAGAGAGCUGGCACCUGGUGGGGAAUUCGUGUCUGAAGCUGAUAACAGCAAAGGAUUCCUAUGACAAUGCUAAACUGGCCUGCCGCAGUCACAAUGCUGUGCUCGCCUCGCUCACCACUCAGAAGAAGGUUCAGUUCGUCCUCAAAGAGCUGCAGAACAGAGCUGCACAGUCCAAGUCAGUGGUGACUCCGUGGGUGGGCUUGAGGAAGGUGAACGUGUCGUACUGGUGCUGGGAGGACAUGUCCCCCUUCACCAACACCACUCUGCAGUGGUUACCAGGGGAACCCAGUGACGCUGGAUUUUGUGGAUACCUGGCUGAGCCCAGCGCCGGUGGGCUGAAGGCUGCAGCCUGCAUCAACUCCUUCAACGGCAGCCUGUGUGAACGAUCAGCCAAUCACAGUGUGAAGCAGUGUCGCACGCCAUGUGCCCUGCGCUCCUCCUGCAGCGAGUGUACGAGUGGGGGCUCAGAGUGUAUGUGGUGCAGUAACAUGCGGCAGUGUGUCGACUCCAAUGCCUACGUCGCCUCCUUCCCAUUUGGCCAGUGCAUGGAGUGGUACACCAUGAACAGCUGCCCACCGGAGAACUGCUCUGGUUAUAGGACGUGUUCACAGUGCCUGGAUCAGCCUGGCUGCGGGUGGUGUACCGACCCCAGCAAUACGGGAAAGGGUCAGUGUAUGGAGGGCUCGUACCGCGGACCAAUCCAGACCGUCUUACACGCUCCCUCAUCCUCGAGACCCUCUUUCAUACCGGCCCCUCAGCCCCUGCUGAAUGUUAGCCUGUGCCCACAGGAUAACAAGUACAACUGGUCCUUCAUCCAGUGCCCAGCGUGUCAGUGUAAUGGCCACAGCGCAUGUGUGAACGAGAGCGUCUGCGAGAGAUGUGAAGAUCUCACCACUGGCAGACACUGCGAGAACUGCAUAUCUGGUUACUAUGGUGACCCCACAAACGGGGGCAGCUGUCAGCCCUGUAAGUGUAACGGUCACGCCAGCAUGUGCAACUCAAACAACGGCAAGUGCUUCUGCACCACCAAGGGCAUCAAAGGAGACCGCUGCAAUCUGUGUGAAGUAGAGAAUCGUUACCAGGGCAACCCUCUGAGAGGAACCUGUUAUUACACACUGCUGAUAGACUAUCAGUUCACCUUCAGUCUGUCCCAGGAGGAUGACCGCUACUACACCGCCAUCAACUUUGUAGCCACGCCAGACGAGCAAAAUCGAGACCUGGACAUGAUCAUUAACGCCUCCAAGAACUUUAACCUCAACAUCACCUGGGCCACCAGCUUUGCUGCCGGUACUCAGUCUGGAGAAGAGAUUCCAAUUGUGUCCUGCAGCAACAUAAAAGAGUUUAAGGACAGUUUCUCCAAUGAGAAGUUUGACUUCCGCAGCAACGUCAACAUCACCUUCUUCGUUUAUGUCAGCAACUUCACCUGGCCAAUUAAAAUACAGAUUGCGUUCUCCCAGCACAGUAACUUCAUGGAUCUAGUACAGUUCUUUGUCACAUUUUUCAGUUGUUUCCUGUCUCUUCUUCUGGUGGCGGCAGUGGUGUGGAAGAUCAAGCAGAGCUGUUGGGCGUCACGGCGGCGAGAGCAACUCCUGCGAGAGAUGCAGCAGAUGGCCAGUAGGCCGUUUGCCACAAUCAACGUUGCCUUGGAGACGGACGAGGAGCCGCCCGAUCUGAUUGGUGGAAAUGUGAAGGCGGUGCCAAAGCCCAUAGCGCUGGAGCCGUGUUUUGGGAAUAAGGCAGCAGUGCUGUCCAUCUUCAUCAGAUUACCCAGAGGCCCCGGAGGCAUACCAACUCCCGGACAGUCAGGUCUGGCGGUGGCGAGUGCGCUGGUGGACGUGUCUCAGCAGCUGUGCGUGGGCUAUAAGGAGAAAUCGGGAGGGCUGCGCAGCCGCAAGCAGCAGCCCUUAGCACAGCCAGCUACGUGCAUCUGACCCUUACCCCCCUGCAGCCCCAGCCCCUGAGCUCUGACCUCCGCCUGGACUGAGCCACGGACCACCGCAACACACACGGCGGGGGUCACACACUCUCUGGCGGACCAAGGGUCUGGCUUUCCACAAGAACUCUAUGAUUGACUGGAGGAACUGAGAGAAACUCUCCCGGCCAUUGGAAUGUACUCAAAACAAAAAAAAGAGAGAGAGAGAGAAGAAUGGACACAAUGGGAGAGAAUUGAAAUGCUGAACCCUCUCCUCCGUCCUCUUGACGGACUGACAGACAGACAGACUGCAGAUAGAACUUCUCUCCUGCAUCCGUUAUAUGAUAUUUAACUUAUUGCUGUUGUUUUAGUCCCGUUUUACACUCAGGAGGAGGUACCCCUGCACUGCUGCAACAUGGUCUCCACACAGCCAGACCACCCAUUGCUAUAACACACACAUUGCUCUCACACACACACACACACACGCACACACACACACACACACACACACACACAUGCCAACUCAUGUACCCUCAUUUGCACAUUUCGCAUCUGUCUCCCCUAAAUCAUGGCUCUGAUUGCAGUUCUUUUGCAAAGCUCUGUCUUAAUCAUCUUCCUCUCUUGAGAACAGUAGGUCUUAAACCUGGAAUUUGAAAAUACUACAGCUCUGGAAAAAAAAAAAAUAAGAAACCACUUAAAAUUAUGAGUUUCUUUGAUUUUACCAACUUGAAAACCUCUGGAAUAUAAUCAAGAGAAAGAUGGAUGAUCUCAAGCCAUCAAACCAAGCUGAACUGCUUGAUUUUUUUGCACCAGGAGUGGCAUAAAGUUAUCCAAAAUCAGUGUGUAAGACUGGUGGAGGAGAACAUGCCAAGUCGCUUAAUUUUUUUCAGAGGUGUAUAUGGUAGAUGCACUAUAUGAAAAAAACAACGUAUUGGGACACCUGCACAUUAAUUGUUUUCCCGAAAUCAAGUUUUUUUUUUUUUUUUUUCUGCUUUUGUUCCAGUAACAACUCUCACUGCUGUCCAGAGAAGACUACUAGCUACUAGAUUUAGCUGAUGCAGAGCAUUGCUGUAUAGAUUUAUUAGCAUUCAGUUAGCAACAAAGGUAUUAAUUAGUAAGGUUGGGAUGUUGGAUGAUCACAACCUUGCUAUUUCAGCCCAAAAGUACUGGGAGAGAGAACACAGUUCUACUUACUGUUCCACAACUCAAAGCAGGGGCAGCUUUAGUUUCUACCCUUCGUUGUUGAGCAUUGUGCUAACAACGUCAUGUUUAUCUGCUCCAGAGUGUCCUAUUCUUUUGGCAGUACAUCUCUACAGGAAGUAGACAAGCUCUAUGUGUGUGCAUCAGUCGCUAUGGGAGCAACUUUUAAAGUAGUUAAAGGGGUGUCCACAAACAUUUGGACAUUGUCACAUCAAUACAAUACAAAGCACAGUAUAAAAAAAUGGACUUUUGUUAGAAACCAUCCUUUUAACAAGUGUUGCCUUCUAAUUUGUCAUUUGGCUUUUUAUGAUCUUGUCAUAUAUCAAAAAUCCUCCACAGCACUUUACGAUGAGUGGUCCUGCGCUUCUUUUUUAAAAUAAGGAUCCAUUUUUGAUGUUCGUUUCAAACAUUUACAAGUAAUCUACUUUUAGCCUGAUGAGAUACACGACACUUUUCACCCGUCACAUUCUACCUAAGACCUGAAUCAACGGAAUCAAGUGUGAUUUAGUUGGAAUUUGUUAACGUUUUCUCCACAAGAGCUAAUGUGUCAGUAGGUGACAGCUUCUGUCUAGAACUGUGAACAGUUCUUCACAGCCUGUAGUGAUGGCUGGAGUAUUAAAAUAUUCAUUGGUGUCAGUGCUGGUAACAGAAAGAAUUCUGGGAACAGACAGCAGUGGGGAAAAAUGGUAGAUGGUUCGGGGAUAAAUAUGAGGAUAAUAAGGAUAUGUGAAUUAUGGCCAAGUGAAUUAUGAAUUAUUGCAGUUAGAGAGAUGUCUGAUAUUGGGUGCCAGAUAGUGCUAGUUUCACACUUUACGAUUUUAACCAACAGUUUUUUGUUGAUCACCGCCAAAAACUCUGCUCGAAGGCAAAUUGCGGAUUACUGGGCGCUCGCUCAGUUCUGUAGUGUGAACUACUGAAAGACGUUCGCCGAGCCUUCGCUAACUAAUCGCAGAUGCCUUGCAAAUAUUUGCUAUGCUAGAUAUCUGACCCAAUCGACGACUAGGAGUCAGGAGCAGCAGCUACAUAACUACUAAUGGAAUUGCAGAGAAAGAGAGAACCACGAGUCCGAAAACACAUCUCCUGCGUUACCAUAGCUGUUUAUGGAGAUAGUCUGACCACAUUCUGCCACUCUGUUAUAUCAGUAAAUGAUUUUUAAACUCUAGAGGGAGCAGGCGAGUGAAUCCUAUAUGAAUGGGGUGAAUGGAGCUAAAAGCUAUAACUUUUGUAAGUGAAAAAUAAUAAUUAACUACUUUCUAACUAAGUUAAACAAUGUAUUUUACUGACAAAGCAAAGGUUUUAGACUGUAAAGUACUAGCAUUACUGCUACUGUGAGCUGAUUGGUUGGCCAGCUGAUCCGAUCCUGGAGAUACAGGUAAAAAGGCUAAUGUUUAAAAGGCUUAUAACUGGAGUUCAAAACGAUAAAAAAUAUGUUUGUAGUGCUGAAACAUAUGAUAUAGUUCUGUGGUGAGGACAUAAGUACAUAUUUUAUUCUGAUAAAAAUUCUCAGACAUUUAUAAACUCCUUAAAAUGAUUUUGUUCAGUUGCUUCUAUGAGCUCAUUUAUUCUGGACUCACUUUAAGUGCGUAUUCUCCUCUUUCUCCUAUAGAGAUUCUCUGGCAUGGCAUCGCCAGUUUUAGUUUGCAUUUAGUUAUUGUGUCUUCUUGUGACAAAACAUGUUUUUAGACAGAAGCCAGGUGAGUCAGAGAUUUCCCACAGUAAAAAAUUGUGCAAUUCAUGACCCUGUGCUGUAAGCUCUUGUGAUUACAGCACAACCAGUUGUGUAGUGUGAACAGCACAAAGACUGACGACUCAAAAAGUAGUGUAGUGUGAACCUAGGACACAGGACAUUCAGUUUUCGAAGUUCUGUGCGCAUUUAACAUUCCUCCGUCCACAGGGUCACGUGUAUACGUGUGAAUACAUCAUGGAA